AUGCAACCGCGGCUUCCAAGGCCUGCUCGGGCCGUUUUAGACACUUUUGCCAAGUGCGACUUCGCAGACUGGCUCUGCUUGCAACAACACUGGUCUGAACAGAGCACCACCGACAGAGGGCUUGUAGUGCGCUGGCUGGUCGCCGUGGGCGUACUGCUCGCCAGCGUCUUGGUAGUGCUCUACAAUAGUCGCCGGCGGCGGCGUCGACUUCCACUGGUCGUACUCUUGUCGUGUCCAAGCGCUGAAACCGUCGCGAGCGGUGCUGGGAAAACGACACUCUUUUGGCGGCUUUGGAAAGGGCAACUGCCACGUUACGCGCCAGUGCCGUCGCAGCAGCCGAACGAGGCAGUGGUAACGCUGGACGACGGUGUGCGCUUUCUUCUGGUCGACCUGCCGAGUGAUGCACGGGCGCGGGGAACCUGGGGACGGUUCACUUCGUUGGACAAGUUGAACGCUGCCGCCGUCGUCGUCGUUUACGUCGUGGACGCGAAAACUGACUCUUUGACCCGAGAAGCGGAAUAUCUCUUUAGAGAUAUCGACGUGCGGGCGCUCCUCCAACGUGGCACCACCUGCGUCGUUCUUGCGAACAAAGCGGACCUCCGCACAGCCAUGCCAGCCAAGGUGUUUCUAGCACGAUGGAUGCGGGAAGUAGAACGACUGGGGCAUUCGAGGACGAAUUCGCUGACCCCAGUGCUGGUCGAUGAGUCGACCAUCGCGCAGAUUCCAUCGCUCCGACGAGAGCAGCGCCUUAUGCUGGUUCAUGGAAGUGCCAAAACUGGCGACUGUUUACCGAAACUGUACACUGUUAUCCGAAGCGCCGUGCGUCACCGCUAG